CUAUGGAAAUGUGGUGCUCUCAGGGAAACUUCUCUACCAGUUCUCUCCUGUACACCAAUCUGUUUGGAUGCUUGAGGGAGGAUGUGUGACCGGAUCUUCUUUACUCAUUCCAAUUUGUCCUCUGUUCCCUGGGAGGGCAUCCCAGCAGUAGGGGGAUCCACUUCUCCCACACCUGCACACUACCAUGUUGUCUACCAAGGGUGUGGAGAAACCCGCAUGAGCUGGCAUGGGGAGACAUACUGCCUAGUUGGUGGCUACCGGACCUAUGGGGAUGCUCCUCUGGCCACCCCAGCAAAGAAAGAAGCAGAGAAACCAGUUCCUAGACAGGCUCCCAAAAGACAUCUACGCGUGACAGAGUCGGACGAAAAGGACGGUUGCCCCAGCCCCAAAAUUCCGAGAUUGCAGUGCGGUGGCAGGAGGCUCACCCGGAAGAAGCUUGCCGGCUGAGCCACUUUACAGGUGCGGAAGACUACUCGGUCAUCGGGGGCAACAAAGUCCACCCUACUCUGCACCUCUGCAAGAAAACACAAACACAUGGGGCCACCCAAUGAAGAAGCACGUUCAACCUAGCCUAUUCCCUGGAAGAAAACACAGCAAAAAAUAUCACUUUGAAGAGGACAAAGGGAUGCUGGAAGUGUACGAUUCUUCAAGGAAAUCAAUGGUUGAUUGCUUUACAGUUGUUUGUUAUACUGUACAUGCUUGUGUUUUAUGUACUAAUAUGGUGUAGUGUUUCCAUUUCACAAUUUUUAAAAUCCUGAAAAAAAUGUACAUACAAGAAACCUUGUCUAUGUUUCGUAUUUGGCCCAAAUUUUCCAAGAUGUCACUCUAAAGUUCAAUAAAGUUGCUCUUUCUUUUUUUUUAA